UGUAAGCCAACGAGCAGAUCUGAAAGAUAUUUCUCUCUCGUCAUGGUGGGAUGUGCGGUUUUUGGCUGUAGAAACAAGAGUAAGAAAGAUUCUGGUGUCAGCUUCUUCAAAUUCCCGAGAGAUGCACAAAUUAGAAACGAAUGGAUUCAACGAACCAAUCGGGCGAACUUUUCUGCCUUUCACCCAAAUGCUCACAGCAGAAUAUGCUCCGAUCACUUCACGGAUGACUGUUACGAGCGAAGAGCGGCACAUAUGGCCAGAUUUGGGUAUUCUGGAGCACAGAACCGUUUAAAACCUGAUGCCGUGCCGACAAUGUUUUGUUCGAAACCCUGGGAAAAACUGUGUUCUGUUGCUAACACGGAAACUGGACAUCGAGUCAUGCCAGAGCCUGUCAUGUUACAGUCAGUUAUGGGAGUCGAAGUCGGGGAGACAAACAGAAAUAGACAGUCAAAGAAGAAAGCAACGCGGAGCAGAGUUUCGAAAGCCAGCAUAAUGACAUGUUUACCUGAGAAGAAUAUAGCUGAGGUAAAACUCAACCAAGACGAGAUGCUACAAGAGGAAAGGGAGACCAUGCUUCAGUAUUACUCCAGAAGACCUGAAGGUUGGCAGCUAGUGAAGUUUGUUAGUUCAUCUGAUCAGCAUCCAGAGCUCCAGAAUUCACCACAGUGCUAUCCUUGUUUUCCCAUGAUGUGUCAAAAGGUACCAUUAUUUACAUCUGACGGGAACAACUGUACUCAGCCUCCAGUGCUCCAAAUUUCCUCACAUAGCCCUCCUUGCUCUCCAGUGACAAGAAUAAAGGAAGAACCAUUAUUUACAGCUGUUGAGAAUGGCUGUGAUCUGCGUCCAGAGCUCCAGAAUUUCUCACAAAACUUUUCUUGUUCUUCCAUGACAUGUGAGCAGGAAACUCUGAUUAUAACUGACGAGAAUGGCUGCAUUAUUGACAAGUUUAUGGUAACAUCACACUCUUCCUCAAGUGGGGAAGACAGUAGAGAUUUGACCCAGGAAUCUUGUCGUAGUGCACAGAGUAGAGAGAAUAGGUUAUGUGAUCAUGAACAAGGCCAUAUUACAGAGAAACCAUUCAAAUGUACCAGAUGUGAUUACAGCUGUAGUCAGAAAUGUGAACUAAACAAACAUCUGAGAAUUCAUACAGGAGUGAAACCUUUCAAAUGUACAAGAUGUGAUUACAGCUGUAGUCAGAAAUGUGAACUAAACAAACAUCUGAGAAUUCAUACAGGAGUCAAACCUUUCAAAUGUACAAGAUGUGAUUACAGCUGUAGUCAGAAAUGUGAACUAAACAAACAUCUGAGAAUUCAUACAGGAGUCAAACCUUUCAAAUGUACAAGAUGUGAUUACAGCUGUAGUCAGAAAUGUGAACUAAACAAACAUCUGAGAAUUCAUACAGGAGUGAAACCUUUCAAAUGUACCAGAUGUGAUUACAGCUGUAGUCAGAAAUGUGAACUAAACAAACAUCUGAGAAUUCAUACAGGAGUCAAACCUUUCAAAUGCGUCUGGUGUGAUUACAAAUGUAUUCAAAGAGGUGAUCUGACUAGACAUAUCAGAACUCACACAAGGGAGAAACCUUUCAAAUGUACCUGGUGUGAUUACAGAUGUAGUCGAAGGACGAAUCUGUGGGCUCAUCUGCGAACUCACACAGCAAAGAAACUUUUCAAAUGUGCUUGGUGUGAGCACAUAUGUUUUACAAGGGCAAAUCUAUUUCUACAUAAAAGAACUCACACAGGAGAGAAACAUUUCAAAUAUAGCCUGUGUGGUUGCAAAUAUACUUCAAAGACGAAUGUAUCGAAACAUGUCAGAGUACACAAAGGAAAACAACUUUUCAAAUGUACCUGGUGUGAUUACAGAUGUAGUUCAAAGGUGAAUCUUCUUCGCCAUAUUAGGACUCAUGCAAGAGAGAAACCAUUUAGACUAUCAGGAGAGAGAAACCAAUCUGGUGAAGCCUGUGUGGUUACAUCUGUAAUGAAGAGUAGAGUGACUAAGUCAAGAAGAGCGAUCAGGAGCUGAGUUACAGGAUUCAGAGCUUUAAUGUAUUGAGAGGUUAAUGAUAACAGUAAUGACAUUAAUGUGCAGACUUGUUCAGUUCAGUGCAGUCGCCGUGAGUUGAAGUCCAGCUCAUGCUGGCUUCCUUUCCAGCCAUUUGUG